GCUAUUGUGUACGAAGGCCAGGACAAAAACCCAGAAAUGUGCAGGGUACUUUUGACCCAUGAAGUAAUGUGCAGCCGGUGCUGUGAAAAGAAGAGUUGUGGCAACAGGAACGAAACCCCGUCUGAUCCGUUCAUUAUUGACAGGUUUUUCUUGAAAUGCUUCCUCAAGUGCAACCAGAACUGUCUAAAGAAUGCCGGAAACCCAAGGGACAUGCGCCGGUUUCAGGUUGUGAUAUCGACAACGGCCAGAGUCGAUGGAGCCAUGCUGGCCGUGUCUGACAACAUCGAAGGAUGGACAACCGGGGGAACAACGGCAAUAAUCAUCGGUGAUAAUUUUUUCGACGGCUUGCAGGUCGUUUUUGGAUCGAUGAUCGUUUGGAGUGAGCUUUUGACUCCUCAUGCGAUUCGUGUCACGACUCCACCAAGACACACGCCAGGGGUGGUCGAAAUAACGCUGACAUACAAGGCGAAGCAGUUCUGCAGAGGUUCGCCUGGUCGAUUCGUCUACGCGUCCCUCAACGAGCCAACGAUCGAUUACGGCUUCCAGCGUUUGCAAAAGUUGAUCCCUCGGCACCCCGGCGAUCCGGAUCGUUUGCCAAAGGAAAUGAUUCUCAAGCGAGCGGCCGACUUGGCCGAAGCACUGUACAGUAUGCCCAGAGGGCAGCAGCUUGCUUUACCUCCGCCACGAAGUCCGACUCAUCACCUAAACUACACAGCUCCUCACUACUCAACCUAUCCAGGGCAGUUCGAUGGGACGGCUCUGACCGGCAUGAGCAGCAUCACGCCAUUCGCCAGCAUGAACCCGUUCGCCCUGCCGUCGACGUGCACAUCGAACGCGUACACGAAUAUCAUGACGUCACCAAAAUGA